CCUCCCUGUUUUUCCUCUGUAGAAAGAUCAGCAUGGAUAAAAAUGAGCUGGUGCAGAAGGCCAAACUGGCUGAGCAAGCUGAAAGAUAUGAUGACAUGGCAAGUUGCAUGAAGUCUGUGACUGAGCAAGGAGCUGAGUUGUCCAACGAAGAGAGGAAUCUUCUCUCUGUUGCUUAUAAAAAUGUUGUAGGAGCCCGUAGGUCAUCUUGGAGAGUCGUCUCAAGUAUCGAGCAAAAGACGGAAGGCGCUGAGAAAAAACAGCAGAUGGCUCGAGAAUACAGAGAGAAAAUUGAGACUGAGCUAAGAGACAUCUGCAAUGAUGUGCUGUCUCUGUUGGAAAAGUUCUUGAUCCCUAAUGCUUCGCAAGCAGAAAGUAAAGUUUUCUAUUUGAAAAUGAAAGGAGACUACUACCGUUACUUGGCUGAGGUUGCUGCUGGAGAUGACAAGAAAGGUAUUGUAUGUCAGCUUGUUGCUAAGAUUUGUCAGAUUGCUUUCUGUGGGACAGUGAUACUUCUCUAAUUUUGGAAUACAUCUGAUUUGGAUGUAAAUUUCUUUAGCAAUAAGCUUUCCUUUUUCUACAGAAAAAUCGUAGGUCAAUGGCUUUCAAAUGAGUUUAAAAAGUUUCCAAGUACCUCUGUAGUUUGAAGCAGAGAACAGAU